AUGGCCGAUCCGCUCUCAAUAGCAUCAGGGAUUGCGGGGUUACUUUCUUUUGGUGUUCAAGUCACCCAAACUUUGGUCGAUUUCUACUCCGCAUACAAGGACCAGGACACGAACCUGUCAAGAAUUACGCAGAAUCUCGAGAGCCUUCAGAGUAUCUUUCGAUCCCUUGACGUUGCAAUACAAGAUCGCCGAUCCCGCGCCGACGCACAAGAGCUGUUCAAAGAAGUCGAAAAGGCAACACAGAGAUGCGAGGAAAUAAUCAAUGAGCUUCAGCUUGAGUGCCAAAAAUUCGAUAAAGGCUCCAUCACUGGUUUCAAGGGCCGUAUUCAAGUCGCUGGGCGUCGCGCAGCCUAUCCCUUUCGAAAAAGCACAUUGCAGAAGCUCGAGGAAGACAUCGGGGAGAUACGUGAGAACUUGUCAUUCGCACUAGACGCCCUGCAACUCAGAUGCUACGAUCAGAUCCAAGAUAGCAUGUCGGAACUCAAAUUCCUUCUCGAGCGAACAAACGCUAACCAGAUCUCUUUUACGAUACGUGCAUGGCUUAUGGCACCAGAUGCAUCUAUCAAUCACCAUACUACAUGUGCGAAACGUCAUCAAAGCACAGGGUUGUGGUUCGUUAACGGCCAUCACUUUACGAAUUGGCUAGUGGAACGCAAUUCCUUCUUAUGGCUUAAUGGCUUUGCAGGAUGCGGCAAGUCGGUCCUUUGCUCAACUGCAAUCCAACAUACAUUCCGUGAGAUGAGGCAUAGGCAUGGGGUCGGGAUCGCUUUCUUUUACUUCUCCUUCCACGAUGAGUCAAAGCAGGACGAUAACGGCAUGCUACGCUCAUUGCUGUUGCAGCUAUCGGGACAGCUACAAGACGGAGAAAAGGACCUAGAGCAACUACAUGCAUUGUAUAAGUCGGGUACUCCUCCAGUGGAUGUAUUACUUGACUUACUUCAACGUUUCCUUGGCCGAUUCUAUGACAGUUAUAUUCUACUCGAUGCAAUAGACGAGAGCCCUCGAGACCGCUGCAGGGAAGGUGUUUUAAUAGCGAUACAGGCGAUACGCAGUUGGUCCUUACCUGGUGUCCAUCUUCUGGUGACAAGUCGUAACGAGCUUGAUAUCCGUGAAUCUUUGGAUCCUUCUUGUGAGCAAGAUCUUGCGAUGAGGAAUUCGGAGAUUGACAGAGACAUAGUAAACUUUGUCUCUUAUCAGCUCAGUAACGACACAAAACUCGAGAGAUGGAAAGCACGUGAGGAGGAGAUUCAAACAAAGUUGACAAUAGGUGCGCAGGGCGUAUUUAGAUACGUCGAAUGUCAGUUCAACGCCCUUAGGCGGGCGCGAAACCGGAACCAGCUUGAUGAAUGCCUUCGCAAUUUGCCCCGCGAUCUAGAUGGAACAUACGAGCGUAUCUUAUGCAGUAUCGAUGACGAAUACGUUGAGGACGUACGGCGGGUUUUGACUAUGCUCUGCUUCUCCACCCGACCGCUCGAAGUCAGUGAGCUGAUUGACGCCCACGCUGUUGAUCUCGGUGAGUCGCCGCAUCUUGAUCGCGAGGGUCGUUCGUACGACCAAGAUGAUCUUGUCGACAUUUGCCUUGGUCUUAUCGAGAUCACGGCCAUGGAUGACCAUAAUGGGCAGAGCAUCUUGACUACUCGUAUAGCGCAUUUCUCCGUUCAGGAGUAUCUUCAAUCAGAUCGCAUUUUACAACAGAACUCAAGAAGGUUCGCCGUUCGAAGUGCACCUGCGAACACUGAAAUAGCACAGAUCUGUCUUGUCUAUCUCUUAGAGCCAAGUUUAUCCGAAAGGGUAUUAGAUGAGGCGAAGGCCACAAAGUUCGCACUUGCUCGUUACGCCGCUAUGAAUUGGUUCCAUCACUAUACAAUCUCUAAGGAGGAGAAUCCUAGGACUGAGCAACUAGUACUAAGGCUUUUCAGAGAUAAGAAGAAGGCUUUCGCAACGUGGAUACGUUUACAUGACAUGGACCUUCCAUGGGUGAGCAAUGCAGAUUAUGAUCGCACUAUUUCUUAUAUGGCAUCGCCUCUGUACUACGCAGCCUUGUUGGGAUUAGAAACCACCUUGAACAGCAUCUUAGCCAUCGACACCUGGGAUGCAGAUUUAUCGGGAACAGUGAAUGCUCAAGGUGGACGUAAUGGCAACGCUCUCCAGGCUGCAUCAUUUGGCGGCUAUGAAAAUGUGGUGCAGAUAUUGCUGGAUCAAGGUGCAGAUACCAACGCUCAAGGAGGAGAAUAUGGCAAUGCACUCCAGGCUGCAUCAUCUGGCGGCUAUGAAAAGGUGGUGCAGAUAUUGCUGGAUCAAGGCGCCGACGUCAACGCUCAAGGAGGAGAAUAUGGCAAUGCACUCCAGGCUGCAUCAUCUUACGGCUAUGAAAAGUUGGUGCAGAUGUUGCUAGAUCAAGGCGCCGACGUCAACGCCCAAGGAGGGAAAUAUGGCAAUGCACUCCAGGCUGCAUCAUCUUACGGCUAUAAAAAGUUGGUGCAGAUGUUGCUGGAUCAAGGCGCCGACGUCAACGCCCAAGGAGGACAAUUUGGCAAUGCACUCCAGGCUGCAUCGUUUUACGGCCAUGAAAAGGUGGUGCAGAUGUUGCUGGAUCAAGGUGCCGACGUCAACGCCCAAGGCGGAUGCUAUGGCAAUGCUCUCCAGGCUACGUCAUCUGGCGGCUAUGAAAAGGUAAUGCAGAUAUUGCUAGAUCAAGGUGCCGACGUGAACGCUCAAGGCGGGUUCUAUGGUAACGCUCUCCAAGCCGCAUCAGUUAGCGGCCAUGGAAAUGUGGUGCAGAUGUUAGUAGAUCAAGGUGCCGAUGUCAACGCCCAAGGCGAAUUUUAUGGCAAUGCACUCCAAGCUGCAUCAUGUGGCGGCCAUAAAAAGGUGGUGCAAAUGUUGGUAGAUCAAGGUGCCGAUGUCAACGCCCAAGGGGGAGAGUAUGUCAACGCACUCCAGGCUGCAUCGUUUUACGGCCAUGAAAAGGUGGUGCAGAUGUUGCUGGAUCAAGGUGCCGACGUCAACGCCCAAGGGGGAGAGUAUGGCAAUGCACUACAGGCUGCAUCACUUGGCGGCCAUGGAAAUGUGGUGCAGAUAUUGCUGGAUCAGGGCGCCGACGUCAACGCCCAAGGAGGAGAGUAUGGCAACGCACUCCAGGCCGCAUCAUCUAGAGGCCAUGACAGGGUGGUGCAGAAGCUGCAGGAAUAA